UUUAAUUAAAUUUUAAUUGACAUUAAACUAAUAUUGACUAAGUAAUAUAUAUUUUAAAAACAUGGAACGUAUUGUAAUUGAUGUUGAAGUUUGUCAAAAAGCAAAUAGUACACUUGUACGUGAUGAGAUUAAAGAUAUUGUGAUGAAUUCAUUAAAUGUAAUUGAUCAGCUUUUACUUGAUGAGCCAAUUGAGCUUGAUAAACUAUCAAGUGAUCUCAUAACAGAGCAUAUAUUUUCAAUAAUAUGUUCAUUAAAAAAUAACAAGUUUCAGGAACAAAAUAAUAUUCUAAGGAUAACAGAAGGUAUGGGAUUUAGAGUAUUUAUUUAUCAAGCAACACAAGAAGAUGCUGCAACUGAAACAAUGCAAAGUGAUUCUGAAGAUUUACCAGUUGCUUCACAUUGGAUUUUACCAUCACAAGAAUUUCAUGGACUCUGGGAAAAUCUUUGUUAUGGUUCAAACAUCAAAGAAAAUUUAUUAAAUUACAUUGAAACAACAAUGGAAUUUUCAAAUAGAAAUGUUGAUUCAAAUAUAAUAUCAUGGAAUAGAGUUGUACUACUUCAUGGACCACCUGGUACUGGAAAAACAAGUUUAUGUAAAGCACUUGCACAAAAAGCAACAAUAAGAAUGCAUAAAUAUUUUACACGUGGUGAACUUGUAGAAAUAAAUAGUCAUAGUCUUUUUUCAAAAUGGUUUUCAGAGAGUGGUAAAUUGGUAAUGAAACUCUUCAAUGAAAUCAAGGUACUUUUAGAAGAUUCAGAAUCACUUGUAUGUAUACUAAUUGAUGAAGUUGAAUCACUAGCUCAUGCUAGAAAAUCUUGCACCAAUGGAACUGAACCAAGUGAUUCAAUAAGAGUUGUUAAUGCAUUAUUAACACAAUUAGAUCAAAUAAAACGUUAUAAAAAUGUGUUAAUAUUAACAACAAGUAAUGUUACUGAAGCAAUUGAUUUAGCAUUUGUUGAUCGUGCUGAUAUUAAACAAUUUAUUGGAUAUCCUGAUGAAAAAGCUAUUGCUAAAAUUUAUUGUUCUUGCAUAGCUGAAUUAGCCAAGGCUGGAUUGAUUAAAGUUGAUCCAUCAACAACUGAUGAUAAACUAGCCCAAAGUGAAGCAACAAAAUUAAUAAAAUCAAGUAUUGGCUUGAGUGGACGUGCACUACGUAAAAUACCAUUUUUAGCAUAUGGUUUAUUUAAACCAAUUGAUAAAAUAUUUGAUUAUUUAACAUUUAACAAAGCCAUGAUCAAGGCUGUCGAAAAAUACAAAAAAGAUGAGCUUAAAAAUGACCAAUAAAUAGUUGAUAAGAUAAUGACCAAGUAAUAUUAAUAAUGACCAAAUAAAUCUCAGGUUUAUUUCAAAAAAUAUACAUCAUCUUUCUUUUGAGAUUAAAAUUUUAAA